UCUUCCUCCUCUGCUCAGGAACAUCCUGGCUCCGAGUCGGCCACGCCAACGCCGUCUGCAGCGCCGCUUUCUCCUCCGAGGGAGCCUGCAGGCGGGAGGCAGAGAGGCAGCCGCCCGGAGCGCUGCGCUUCGUCCUCCUCCUCCUCCUUCUCAGGGCCCGACCGGAGUGGGAACUGACGCGCCCCAGCCUUUGUCAAGCGCUCCCCGGGAUAGGCGGGAGGGGGGUGAUGCGAGGAGGCUCGUGCGGGAACCCGCAGAUCCCGGACACUGACUAGAAAAUGGAGGAGACCUUUCAGAAGGAAAGUCCUGAACAGGUGAAGCUGCAUAAGGCAGCAGCGGAAAUAUCCCCGUGGAGUCAUUCCCAAGUAGAUGAUGAUUCUGAAAAUCAACAGGGGCCAGAAACACAAGCGAACAAGUGCUCUGAAUCAGAAAGGCAGAAGAAGUGUGUCCCUUCCCAAGGAGACUCCAAGGAAGCAAGGAAGCUGCCUGUUCAACAAAGAAAGCGGAUGUCAAAGAAACAGCACCCGUGCCCAGACUGCGGGAAAGUCUUCAACAGGACCUCGGCCCUCAAUGCGCAUCAGAGAGUCCACACGGGUGAGAAGCCCUACAAGUGUGCCGAGUGCGGGAAGAGCUUCAGUAAGAGUUCGCACCUCAUUGCUCAUCAGAGAAUCCACACAGGCGAAAGGCCAUACACCUGUAUGACUUGUGGGAAGAGCUUCAACCACUCCUCACAUGUCAUUACCCACCAGAGAACCCACACAGGGGAGAAACUCUAUAAAUGCCUCGAGUGUGGGAAAAACUUCCGGUAUAGUUCUGAUCUCAUCAGGCACCAGAUCGAGCACGCGGGAGAAAAACCUUACCAGUGCUCCGACUGUGGGAAGUGCUUCAACCGGAGCUCAAACCUCCUUAUUCACCAGAGAAUACACACGGGCGAGAAACCCUACAAGUGCCUCGAGUGCGGGAGGAGCUUCAGCUACAGCUCCGUCCUCAUCAAGCACCAAAAAGUGCACACCUCCGAGAAGCCUUAUAAAUGUCCUGACUGUGGGGAAGGUUUUCACGUGAACGCAAGUCUCCUUACACACCGGAGAGUGCACACGGGAGAGAAGCACUACUCGUGCUCACAGUGUGGGAAGAGUUUCCGAUGGAUCUCGCACCUUGCCAGGCAUCAGAAGAUCCACACAGCAGCGAAACCUGUUUAAACGCUCGAAAUACUGGGAAAUCAUCCGUGUGUGCUCAGAUCUUAAGUUGGAGUAUACUUUUUUUUAGUGUAUUCUUCCAUAUGCCUCUCCAUUACUAUUCCAUUUUACAAUGUAAGCCACUUGGGGGAAGGAAUCUUUCCAUAUUAUUCUUUUGUAUUUAUUUGUUUGUUUGUUUGUGUACACAACACACACAUAUGAAUAUAUCACUGUAUCAGUACUAAAACACUUAAAUCCAGGGGUCAGCAACCUUUUUCAGCCGUGGACCGGUCCACCAACCCUCAGACCAUUUUGAAAAAAAAUAAAUUGAACAAAUUCCUAUGCCCCACAAAUAACCCAGAGAUGCAUUUUAAAUAAAAGCACACAUUCUACUCAUGUAAAAACACGCUGAUUCCUGGACCGUCCGCGGGCCGGAUUGAGAAGGCGAUUGGGCUGCAUCCAGCCCACGGGCCUUAGGUUGCCUACCCCUGCUUAAAUCCAACAGCUGACUUUUGAUGGCUCAAGAUAAGCUGGGGUGAACCGUAUUUGUAUGUAUGUAUGUAUUUAUUUGAAAAAAUUGUUUGCAUUUUAUAUUUGUUACCUUCCUGAGCCGAAGAGAUUGACUCAAAUAAAUACUGUAGGUGCUACCUCCUCCUCCUCCUUCUCUGUGUCGUCAUCCUGGUGCCUUUCUGCUUAACAAAUAAGAACUGCAAGGUAAGGGAAAUAGGAUGCA